GACUUUCUCAGUUUACAAACGUCCGACAAUGAAGUUAAACGUAUCAAUUUUCAGUCUCCUCGUCUUUCUGUUUGGCCCCUGCGUCAACUGUGACAUAGAUUACCAUACAGAGUACUACAGCAGCUCAAUUGUGGGUCUAGUGAAACUCUUAGAUAUUGAGAACCAGUUCGUGCUUCGUAUGAAAGAGUAUGCCGAGGCACUGGAAGAAAAGCUGGCAACGCUGAAGAUUUACCUGAAGACACUGGAACGCAAACGACCUCAAUCCGAAAAAGAACAAAAACAGUACCUCGCCAAUCCUCUACAUGAGUUUUCACUCAUUCGACGGUUGCGCCAGGACUGGCCCACACUUCAGAAGUACACAAAGCAGGAGGUGGGCGCAGAGCAACUGCAAGCCAUGACAGAGCUCUUGGUCAAGGCGCCCAAUGAGGACGACAUGCUAGAAAUGCUGAAGGGCAUUGAUCGUAUCGAAUACAUCUAUGACCUCAAUCCGAUUGACAUGUCACUAGGUAGACUGCAAGACAGGGAAUUCGGUCAAACGCUUUCCAUACGAGACUGUCUGGCUCUGGCCCAACACAAAUAUGAGAAGAAGGAUUAUGGAGGAGCGUUUGCCUGGUACAGCAUAGCUCUGAAGCGGGAGCGAGAGCCAAAGGCCUUUACCUAUGACAAAGUACUGGGCACUGCACUAAACGGCGUGCGUGAACAAUUUGCCAAGAUGCGUUUUCUCAAAGUCAUGGCCAAGCAGGAGCCUUUGCUGAGUGACAAACAAGUGCGGGACGAGGUCGAAAAGGCUCUCAACAAAUCGAGCCCGGCCUUCGUGGACCACUUUGUGAACGAGCUGCUGGAGCAGGAGGAUGGUGGCGUAUUGUGGCAUGAUAAGAAGUUGCAAGAGCCGUACUAUUUGGGUUGCCGCGGAGGCUAUCCCAAGCGCACGAAUCUCCAUUGUCGCUACAACACGACGACAACACCUUUCCUCAGGCUGGCCCCCUUUAAAAUGGAGGAAGUCAGUCUUGAUCCGUAUAUUGUCCUAUACCACAAUGUGAUUUCCGACAGAGAGAUCGAGGAUAUGAAGCAGCAUGCAACUAACUUUGCUAACGGUCUUUCGAUUAGUCCGGAUUUGAAUGUAACUGAUAAGCCGCAAAUUGUGGCACGAAUGCAGUGGGUAAGAAAAAUGACUCCAUUCACGGAUCGCAUAAAUCUACGCAUCACAGAUAUUACUGGCUUCGAAGUAGAUGAAUUUAAAGCAGUGCAGAUCGGCAACUACGGCAUCGGCGGCCACUUUAUGCCCCACUUCGAUUACACGACGCCGGACCGUUUACGCAUCGAAGACAUUUACGGGCUAGGCGAUCGUACGGCUACCAUAGUAUUCUAUGCGAGCGAAGUACAGGGUGGUGCAACCGUCUUUCCCAACAUUCAAGUUACAGUCCAACCGCAGAAGGGCAGCGCCUUGCAUUGGUAUAAUCUAUUCGAUGACGACUCUCCGAAUCCGCUUUCACUGCAUACUGCAUGUCCUGUCAUAUCCGGUUCUAGAUGGACGCUGACCAAAUUUAUACAUUCGGACUCUCAGCUCUUUAGGAAGCCCUGUCUGGCCAGGAAUGCUUAGCUAACGAAAUAUUAAAAAAAAAAUACUAUUGAAUAAGAAUAAAUUACAGAUAUAUAUUAAUCACGAACAUUGCUACUUUAGACAUUACCUUUGUAUCCGAAAUAAUAUAUUAACUGUCUAUUGAGAGUGUCUCAA